GUCCCCCGGGCGGCCGGAGACGGCGGCGGCGUCUGCGGGAAGCCGUGUCUCCGCAGUGACGUGGGCGGGCCGCGGGCCGGGUGACGUCAGAGGCUGUGUGUAGCGAUGUGUGUGGGGUUCGGAGCGGCGCCGGCACAGCGAAGGCGGCGGGCGAGCGACGGCGACGGCGACGGCGGGCACAGAUCAAUUAAAAGAAGAAUGAACUGUAAUCCCUGAAGAUAAAACUGGGCUGCUUUUUUUAUUUAGCAUAUGUAUAUUUUUAAUGAUAAAAGUUCUGGUUGAGUCAGGCUCCUGGUGAGGAGAGAUAGACAAGUUUUCAGUCAGCAAGCACAGAGCAGCAGACCACCAUUUUCAGUGAAGAUACCUGCCUCUACUUUUUUGUGUUCUGGCAGAAAUUAAACCCAUUGAAUCAUUGUAACUUGUUUGGGUGGAGUUUCAGGAUACAGUCGCAGCAUACACUUCCCAUGAGCUUCGCUUAACAAACAAAACCAAACAAACUCAACCAGUACACCAAACUUUGGACUUCUUGAAUUGAGGAAUUAGCUUUAUUUUAAUACAAAUACCUGAAGUACUCAAGAAAAACAAGAAUUUUCUUAGAAGUGUGCUUAUGAUUGUAUUCUUUGUUACUAGAAGCAAACUGAGAAGUUUUGUAGCAUUUUUCAGUUAUAUCCUAAGGUACAGCUAAACCAAAACAGAGUUGUACAAUCUAUUGAGUAAGAAAAUUCAUCUUUGGAAACAUUUCUAAGUGAGUCCUAAGUAUUUGUAUCCAUUACCCUUUUUCUCUUCAAAUUAGGAAUUGAGAACAACAUGCCAAUUGCAGACUUAAUCAUUUAAAACACCAGUGUGGCCAUGGAAAACCUCCAGUCUAGUUUCUCCUUAGUUCAGGGUUCAAAUAAAAAGUUGAGCAGGAUGGAGGAUGAUGGCAGUCCUCCUGUGAAAAAAAUGAUGACAGACAUCCAUGGGAAGACCCUGACCAAGGUGAAGAAGGAGCAUUUGGAUGACUACGGAGAUGCGUCCGUGGAGCCUGACGGCGAGCGCACUAAGCAAAACUGUACUUCUCUACCUGAAACUUUAAACUUAAACCCCAGUCUGAAACACACACUGGCACAAUUCCAUUUGAGCAGCCAGAGCUCUUUGGGUGGACCAGCAGCGUUUUCCGCUCGAUAUUCCCAGGAAAGCAUGUCCCCCACUGUAUUCCUGCCUCUUCCGUCUCCUCAGGUUCUUCCCGGUCCUCUUCUCAUCCCUUCUGAUAGCUCCACAGAGCUCACUCAGACUGUUUUGGAAGGGGAGUCCAUUUCUUGUUUCCAAGUUGGAGGAGAAAAGAGACUCUGUUUGCCCCAAGUCUUAAAUUCUGUUCUCCGAGAAUUUUCACUCCAGCAAAUAAACACAGUAUGUGAUGAGCUGUACAUCUAUUGUUCAAGGUGUACUUCAGACCAACUUCAUAUCUUAAAGGUCUUAGGAAUACUUCCGUUCAAUGCCCCAUCCUGUGGGCUGAUCACCUUGACUGAUGCACAAAGACUCUGUAACGCUUUACUGAGGCCACGAACUUUUCCUCACAAUGGUAGCAUACUUCCUGCUAAAAGCUCUUUGGCCCAGUUAAAGGAAACUGGCAGUGCCUUUGAAGUGGAGCAUGAAUGCUUGGGCAAAUGUCAGGGUCUCUUUGCACCUCAGUUUUACGUUCAGCCCGAUGCCCCCUGUAUCCAGUGUCUGGAGUGCUGUGGAAUGUUUGCUCCCCAGACGUUCGUCAUGCACUCACACAGGUCCCCUGACAAGAGAACUUGCCACUGGGGCUUUGAGUCAGCCAAGUGGCACUGUUACCUUCAUGUGAACCAAAAAUACCUGGGGACACCCGAAGAAAAGAAACUGAAGAUAAUUUUAGAAGAAAUGAAGGAGAAGUUUAGCAUGAGAAACGGGAAGAGAAUCCAAUCAAAGGCAAACACACCAUCCGGAAUGGAACUGCCAUCGUGGUAUCCUGUUAUAAAACAGGAAGGUGACCAAGUUCCUCAGACGCAUUCAUUUUUACACCCCAGCUACUACUUGUACAUGUGUGACAAAGUGGUCGCACCGAAUGUGUCGCUCACAUCUGCUGCGUCCCAGUCUAAAGAGGUCACCAAGGCAGAGACAAGUAAGUCCAUCUCCAAACAGUCAGAAAAGCCUCAGGAUAGUAGUAAGCACCAAAAAACAGUGUCUUACCCAGACGUCUCACUUGAGGAGCAGGAGAAAAUGGAUUUAAAAACCAGUAGAGAAUUAUACAGUUUAGAUCCAUCGAUUUCAAAUAAUUCUACAAGUAAAAAGAAAUCUGAGCCUGUAGCUUGCAGCUUAGUAAGAGACAUAAGCAAGCAUGACUCCGAGGCUUCCUCUCCACCUCUGGUCAGAGAUGUUACCUGUGAAGAUGACAAGGGAAAGAUCAUGGAAGAUGUGAUGAGAACCUACGUAAGGCAGCAGGAGAAGCUGAACUCGAUUCUGCAGAAGAAGCAGCAGCUGCAGAUGGAAGUGGAGAUGCUGAGCAGUUCAAAGGCCAUGAAGGAGCUCACUGAAGAACAGCAGAACCUACAGAAGGAGCUUGAGUCUUUGCAGACUGAGCAUGCUCAGAGGAUGGAGGAAUUCUACAUUGAACAGAGAGACUUAGAGAAAAAGCUGGAGCAGGUGAUGAAGCAGAAAUGCACCUGUGACUCAAACCUGGAAAAAGACAAAGAGGCUGAGUACGCGGCCCAGCUGGCAGAACUGAGGCAAAGACUAGACCAUGCUGAGGCGGACAGGCAGGAGCUCCAGGACGAACUGAGGCAGGAGCGGGAGGCGAGGCAGAAGCUGGAGAUGAUGAUAAAGGAGCUGAAGCUGCAGAUCGGAAAGUCGUCCAAGACGUCCAAGGAGUAGGAGCCGGCGAGGAGACGCCUGCGUUCAUGGACAGGGCUUCGUGUCUGCCGCUUGCUUGGAAAAUUGAAUCCUAACAGCUUAUUUGCAUGAAGGUAGCUAGGCAUUCUGUUCAUUUGUAGGGCAGCAACAGUGAAGAUUAUAUAUUAAUACAAAAUUUUCCAUUUCCAAGUGAAUGAAAAUGUAUGCUUCUUUGUAAUUUUUCCAGUCGACUUGGUAAUGAUAACCUAUGUGAUCUGAACCUGUAGUCAGUCUACCUGUAUUUCUCACAGUCACCUACUUUCCAAAGCUGCAUUAUGUGGUGGAAAGGACCUGUGUCAGUUUUGUUAUGCAUUAUUUCAGGCUCAACUUUAGGUAUAGAGGUAAUGUUUAUGAUGUAAAGCUUUUCUGUAUCCUUCUCAUUACAGAAUCUCGUGACUUUCACACACCGAGCCUGUUGUCGCUUUGUUCAGAUUGUAGACUGAGUUUCUCCUGGUUUCCUCCUAGAGGAAUUUCACUGAUGAAAUGAUAGUGCCACCUCCCCAGCAUACAGUGGGGGGCGGGGAGCACGCUUUGCUGUGCCCUGGUGCUGCACACAAGAAGCAGUUGUAAUUUGUCUUUCUGUUUAAGAGUGGCUAUAUCUAGAUUGUGUGUGAGAGACUUGAGAAAAUUAAAAUGAUCUCUGAACUUAUCCUGUUAAUUAGUGGUGUGAAAGAACUCAUUCAUGGUCAUGAGGAAAAUGGAUUCCACUGAUCUAUCUUGGUUCCUGUGUAACUCAUAAUCCUCUUGUACAGUUUUUAUAUGUAGUCUUACAAAGGUCUUAUGAAAUUUAUAUAAUGGACUUUUUUCUUUUAAAUUAUAAAAUACUAAAUAUCUUGAAGAUUAUUUUGGACUUUUGUAUGUUUAAAUGUUAUCUUAAAACUUGCACGAAUGGACCAUUGUGACUCUUUAAUCUUAAAAUCAGGAAUUUACAGUCAGCUAAGAAUAUGUGAUAGGUUAAUAAUCCACAAUUGAUGUAUCUGAUACUAUCAGUCAUUUUAGAUGACAAAUGAAUUCCGUGAUUUGGGGAAGGGCAGCCUCUGCACUUUUCUUUGUUUUUGUUUUUUGCACAUAAAGUCUGACAUUUUUACCACCGAAUUUCACAUUAGUAGAUGCUUGGCUUGAAAUUUACUAGGGAAAAUUCUCGGCGAGCUUUGUAUUUUUUUUGGUUUUGUUCUGUUUGGCCCCCAGCUUGCAGGGUUCCUCUUGCACCUCCCCUCCAUCCCCCACCCCCGAGUGUUGGGCUGACAGGCCUGAGCCCCCCACCGCUGGCCCUGUACAGGUUUCUUAGGGAUGUUUCUGAAAGCAGCUCUGGCAUUACCGUCUGUCUCGUGCCCCGUGCUGUCUCGUGGCACUGCAUGCCCUUGAGAUCUAUGCUUAGGAAUAACUCAGAGUUUGGGGUGUCACUGUCCUCGCUAUGAGCCAUCAGAGCUCUGGGUUAGCACACCUGCUUAUGGUCAUGUUUUGUUUUAUGAUGUUUGUUUAAAAGCAACUUUUCUACUUUCCAAAAAGGGAGUUUGUUUUCUAAAUAUAUUGUGACCUAGCUGGAUUUAUUUUACUAUGUUCUAUAAUUUAAUGUAUUGCCUUUUGUAACCUCCUUGGGAGAAACAUGUUAAGUGGCGCAGGGACCAUAUAUGUCAUUUUAUUUAGGUCUGGAGAAGGGAGACCACGGGCAUUUGUGAACUAGCCUUAGCUGAGUUGUCAGCUCAUCGUGUCUUCCCCCCUCUCCCUGCUCGGCUGGGUGGGAGGCAGACUCGAGGCCUGGCCCCGUCUAGUUCUCUGACAGACUCAGCAGUGCUCUGCCUCCGUGCCGCUUGCUUAGUAAGUGUGGUUUUCUAGUCCUCCUGGAACUUGCCUCAUGGUGUUAUCAGUGCAGUCUUCACUUUCCACAAGAUGAAAUCACGUGCCAUCACUUCUGUCUAAACUUCCCUAAAAGUAAUUUCUAAUCAACUGUAAAUAUCAUAUCUACUACUGUUGAAAGUAACUUUAAUUUACAUUGCACCAUACAGCUUGAAAACAAACUUUGAAAUUCUGUACUACCCCAUGCGUGACCUCUGCUAACAUAUGAGGCUUCCUCUGCGCAUGCUCCUUCUGUGUGCUGGUUGCCACCUUAAGAUUUGCUUUGGUGUUAGGUGUUGUGUGUUAUGCCAAGUUCACUAGCAAGCAGAUUUUCCUUCAGAGUGCACUCUCUGUUUAGGGAGAAAUGAGACCAUUUAUUCUGAAAAGCUAUGGUUAGGAGUGGAAGAAACACCGGGUUAGCAUUUAUACUGAGAAAAGCGUAAUGUUUGCCGUGGGUGGUUUCUCUCUGUGGUCCAGACUCUGAGGAAUUUGCACCACGUGUAUAAAGGUACUUAAGUGCAGAAGGGCCCUGCCGCCGUCAAGGAGGCUUUGAAACAAACCACCUGUUAAUCACAGCUGAGACUGAGCACGGAAAGAUUCAACCUAGGUUUGGCCUGGGCUUUAACAUUUUUGAAGUAUAGUCUUUCGCUUGAAUCGCCUGUGUUUUUGAAGAUAAGAAUGUUUUAUGCUUCUUGAGCUAAUUUUAUAACAUAUUUAAUAUAUAACCUGUUUAUAUGUAAAAUCUUUUGUACAGGGGUGGGAGGAGUAAUGAAAAACCUGCUUUGUACAUAGUGAAUUAUAAAGCAGACCGAAGUCGGUGGACCAGUGAUGAGCCGCGGGGUUUGCAGGCUCCCUGCGUCCUCCCAGAGUCCGUCAGAGCACCCAGUGUCCGUGUGUCUCUGGCUCCUGUCUGCAGAAGAGCAAAAUGAAAAGGAAGCACAAGUGACAAGGAGUGUGCCCGAGGCAUUUCCCUAGCAAGAGCUGCAAAGCCAGUCCUGAGGGUUCCAUCGCUUCUGGAAGGUCUGCUCAACAUGCAGUGCUCUGAGUGGGAAGGGAAGGGUGUCCGUUUUUCUGUGUCCGUUAUGCAUUUAGUCUUUAGGGCGGGACGUCACAAACUGACGACAAAUUGUGUUCAUGCUAUACACCUGCUCCUGGACGUGGGGCUACUUGUUAGUGGUCUCAUGGGAGCAGUCUGCAAUAUGCGAUAUGAACUGCUGUAUUAUAUAUUAUACUUGUGGAACUGAGAUAUUUAAACAGAGCUUAACCUUUUUUUUUUUUUCAAAUGUAAAAUACUUAAGCAUUUCCACUAUUGGAAGAAAAACAUAUAUGGGUAUUUUGUAUUGUAUCUUGUUUAAAAGGACAGUCUUUUUUAAUCUUCCCAUUUAAAUGGCUUUUAAAAUACGUUAAUACAAUUUGAAGCUUGUUUAGAAAUAGAAUUAAAUGUCUUAUAUAGUGCUACCAUUUUGGAAUUAGAAAGUGAUCAAAUAUAAAACAUUUUAAAAUUAAGCCCAGAAAACAAAAUAGUGUUUAAAGUUAGUUUAGUAUAAAAGAAAUUUAUAAGAUUUUUUCUUCAAUAUAAGAUACCUCACUUGAAAAUACAGAAAGCACAGCACAUUUAAAGUUUUCUCAUGAGACACCCCAUCAGAAUAGACGGAUUGCUAAAGCUAGGACAUCUGUUGAGUUGUUGGAGUGUGUGAUAAACGUUGUCACCAUUAGCUUUUCUUCUGGAAGUACUUACCUUGGUUAUUUUAAGGCAGUGUAAUAGUUCAGUUAUUCUUCAGUUUCUAACCUGUGAAGGCAGUAAGUGAAUGGUCCCUUCUGUAACUACUGAAACAAAUUAUCUACGUUGAGCAUAAUUCAAUUGAUAAUUUUGCCAAUGCAUAUAGUUUUAUGAUUAAAAUUGCUGUGGUUGGUUGCAUUACAUGACACACAAAACUGUCCUCUACCUCACGUGAAAUAAAUAUUUUAUAUGGUUUUACUAAAAAAAAAAAUGACUCAUCUAUCUGGUUACUUAGUUUACAAAUUUUGGAUUCUAUUUAUUGAAACAUGACAUACUGUGCUCUUAGCUUAUACCUCAAUUGUAUUUUGUGCUGUUUGCCAUUUUCAUGCCUUGUAUAUAACUUGUAUAGAUUGGAUGAUAUUCCCAAUAAAAACUUUUAAUGCCAA